AUGGAUGCUCAGCCUGAAAGUGGGUGGCACACAGACCCCGAGAACCCAAUGCUGGGUCCAGAUGGUAAACUACGCGAUGCUGCCGACAAACCAGACCAAUUCGUCUUCAGUCCUUCGGAUGCUUUGCCACACGGUCCACACCCACCCCCUAAUUCUGGGGCUUAUAAUCCAGAUGAUGACCUACCUACUGCUCAUCAGACAUUGCAAAGGCCAAAGUGGGUUGUAAAGCAGGUUACUUGCGAAAAUCCAGUUGAAGCUUUCGAACAGCAAAAACUUGCCAACAAAACCAAAAAUCGGCCUAAUGCUUCGCAGAACAAGGAUGUCGGUGUUGCUCAGCGAACCCUGGAAGCACUCUUGGAGGAAUGCUGCUUCCGGGGGUCCAUCCACAUCGGACUAAGAGCAACAGUGCAGUCCAAAGAAGCGGAACAAGUCCAGCUGGGGGAAAAAAGCGAAAGCUUUGAAGGACCAGUGCCAGCACCCAGGCCCGAAGUUGAUUCGGAUGGAAUGGACGCAGAUGGGGAUGAUGAGGUUGCACCUGGGGCUGAUGAGGAUCAGGAAAAAUUCGCAUCAGAAGAUGUGCAUGUUUCCCAAGCAAUCCAACAGACCCAGAAAGCAUGGCAGACACGAGACCUUGAAACAGUGUUCACCGACGUUGUUCAUGAGGCUGGGAAAGAAAGUUAUCGGAUAUGUUGGGUGUGCCAAUCUGCUUACAACAAAGGGGAUCGUUCAAGACUGUUGACACCGCAUUUCUCAGCUAGUUCUGCAUCAAGCACACUCUGCAAGCAUAUUGGAACGCACAAAAACGGAUCACCAACUUCUAUUGCAGAGGAACCACUACCUUCCUAUUACGGAAGAACAUCGGCCUCAAAAUCUGAGGCCAAAAAGUCCCCUGAAAGCGACCCAGUAGCCCCCUUACAAGGCUAUUAUGCCAAUGGGCACUGGUCUGAGAAGGGGCUAGGAGUCGGGUACCUAUGGAUGUACCUCCAUCAAACGGAUGUAGUUCCCCAGUACCCCGGUGCCUCUCGUCCCACUCUCGUAAAAAUGGAGGCACACCAGAAAUUGGUUCCCUCCCACGCCGCAGGUGCACGUACUACCCCUCCCCCACCACCUAGCCCAACCCACCACGCACUGCAAAACACUCCAAUGGUGACCAGCACGUUCGAUGUGGAUAUGAUAGCUCACACCCUCAGGAAUGACCCCAUCCCCGGGGCAAACCCCCAAUUCACUAUGCUCCCUAUAUCACUCAGCAACCACAUGUGCCCCCCCGUUACCACACCUCCCUGCCCCCAGGCUCUCACAAGUUCUACAUCUGAAACUCUGAAACGCCUCCGGUCCCCGGAAUCUGCAAAAAUCCAAGGCCCUACUCUUGCCCCACCCCAUGUUAUGUUCCGGGUCCCUGCUAACACUGACGACCCUUUCCUUGCAAACUACAAUACCCCAGUAGCCACAACUAUACCCGCUAACAUCCACCCAAAUCCGGCUACAACUGAUACCAACAGCUCAACUGACCCCCCCCGUUUAACUCGCUCCCCUGCGCCCACGGACGCCCCUGCACAGGCCACUGCCACCACUCUGAGACCCCUAGAUGACAACCCAGAUUAUAACUACAUCGACCUCACGGGAGAGCUGGCCAACUUCCGUGCCCACGGAGCCCGCCCAGCUCGCAUCCUAGCAAACAUCAACGAAACCCACUUCAACCAGUGGAUUACGACUCCGAGAGCAAUCCUGAUCUACCCCCUUGAUGCUAAACAUAGUCCUGAGAAUGACCACAAAAUGAGGAAUGACCUCACAAUCUUCCUAACCAGAGCCUUCCCCUUAUCCACCCCCUUCAUCAAGGUCUGCCCCCCAUUGCCAAAGGAUAUGACCUGCGGGGGCACCCUGGGGCUUCCUAAUCGAAGGUCUCCACCCCUCCCAUGCCCACCUUCUGGUGACCAGACACCUCUGGAUGAGCCGCUCUAUCUGCUUUAUCGCCAUUGA